CAGACUAGUGUUAUUAGUGUACUUCUUUUUUAAUAUUAACACUAAAUAUCAAAAUAUUUAUUAAUAACUAAAUAAUUUUAACCUAAUGCAAGAUAAAUUUACCUAUAAUGGAAGUAGUGACUAUUUUAGACAGUGAUAAAAUAUGUAGGACUUGUUUGAAUCAAUGUACAGAACAAAAUAUGCAGAAUAUAUUCAACCAUGCAAUUUCUAUCAAAAACACUUCUUAUGAAGCUGUUGCAAUUAACAGUAUGAUUAUGUUAUGUGCAUCUGUUCAGGUGACAGAAUCAGAUGGUUUACCUCCACACAUUUGCUUGCAGUGUGUAGAUUUUAUAACAACAGCUUAUUCUUUUAAACAAAUGUGUGAAAGGUCUGAUAGUACUUUAAGACAACUAUUAUCUACUGAAGAUAUUAAUUAUAUAGACGAUACAAAGUUAAAUUUUGAAAGUGAGUCUCAAAUUGUCCAAACCGAUAAAAUUGAAUCAGAAAAAUCAGAAAUUUUAAUUUAUGAAACAAAAUUACAAGAAAAUCAUGAUGAAAACAUAGAAAAAGGUUCAACAAAUGAAAAUUUACCAUUAGAAGACACUGAAGGUCCUGUUUUUCUGUGUGAACAAUGCACUUUAUGUUUUACAUCAUUACUAGACUUAAAAAACCACAAAAAACUACAUCAUACAGGAUUAUUGAGCUGUCAAACAUGCAAACAAGUAUUUUCAUCAGCAAGUACAUUAAGUAGACAUUCCAAGGUGCAUGCCAAUAAAAGAAGAUACAUCUGCAGUGAAUGUGGCAAAGCAUUUGCACGAAACGACGAUCUCACUCGACAUAUCCGCACACACACCGGUGAAAAACCCUACAAAUGCAAAAUAUGUGAUAAAAGCUUCUCGCAAUCAUUCCGUUUGUUAGAACACACCAGAGCACACGCUAAUGAGAAAGCAUACGUGUGUGCAACAUGCGGAAAAACGUUUUCUCGAUACACUUCGUUAGCAGCUCAUAAUAAAACGCACAGUGGAAUAAAAUCACAUCAAUGUACGAUUUGUGGUAAGGCUUUAGCCGGGGCGCAGUCACUGGCAUUGCAUAUGAAGAUCCACGAAGGUAUUAAGGAUCAUAAAUGUGAAUAUUGUGGUAAAGGUUUCUAUACUCUAUCUAAUAUGAUUAUUCAUCGAAGAAUACACACUGGUGAGAAACCUUAUGGAUGUAAAGAGUGUGGAAAGUGUUUUUCUGAUGCGUCGAGACUCACAGUACAUUCUAGGAUACACACAGGUGUAAAACCAUAUAGAUGUGAGGUUUGUAAGCGCGGAUUUGUAAGUUCUUCUCAGUUGAAGAAACAUUCGAGGAUUCAUACGGGUGAGAAGCCGUAUAAGUGCACAAUGUGUGUUAAAGCAUUCCUGCGAUCACAUGAUUUGAGAAUUCAUAUCAAAACACAUACUGAUGAUCGAAGUUACAAGUGUAACGUGUGUAAUAAAGGUUUUUAUCAAUCCUCUACGCUAAAAGUUCACAUGAGGAUACACACGGGGGAAAAACCAUACAAGUGCAAUAUUUGUGAGAAGAAAUUCUCCCAAACUGGGUCUUUGUAUACACAUAUGAAGACACAUGAUGUUUUGAGUGUGAUUGAAGCUGAAAAUGGUGUGAAUUCAGUGAGUUCUUUGAAUAUUAUUGGUAAAGAUGACAGUAUAGAAGUUUUUACUGAGUAAAGUGAUUAAAACAAUUUAAUUGUGUAUAAAUUGUUUAAAAAUGAAAUAUAUCUUAUAUUUAUUAA